AACCCCGCCCACAGAGGGAGGUGGCCUCGUCCAGGGGAGGGGCUCUUACCUGGCCCCUCCCACUAGGGGAGGCGGGUCCCGCUGGCCCCUCCCCUCUAAGCGGACAAGUGACGCACGACCCCGCCCCCGGCCGCUCCGCAGCGCCAGCCUAGCAGAGGCUGCGAGGCGGGCGGCUGAGGUGGCCGAAGAGCAGCGGCUCAGCAGCUGGCAGCGAGUGCGCGGCGCCCCACGGAACUUCCCCGCAGCCGCCCCGGCGGCGUCCGUCUGUCCCAUGUCCCGCAAGGCGAGCGAGGACGUGGAGUACACGCUGCGCAGCCUGAGCAGCCUGAUGGGCGAGAGGCGCCGCCGGCAGCCGGAGCCCGGGGCGCCGGGCGGGGAGCGCAGCCUCCUGGCCGCCGAGUCGGCCGCCAGCCUGCAGGGCGCGGAACUGGAGCGCGCGGCGCGCAGGCAGUUCCAGCGCGACGAGACCCCCGCCUUCGUGUACGCGGCCGCCGCCUUCUCCGCGCUCGGCGGCUUCCUGUUCGGCUACGACACCGGCGUGGUGUCGGGGGCCAUGCUGCUGCUGCGGCGCCAGAUGCGCCUGGGCGCGAUGUGGCAGGAGCUGCUGGUGUCGGGCGCGGUGGGCGCGGCCGCCGUCGCGGCGCUGGCCGGAGGGGCCCUGAACGGCGCCCUCGGUCGGCGAAGCGCCAUCCUGCUGGCCAGCGCCCUGUGCACCGUGGGCUCCGCCGUGCUGGCCGCCGCCGCCAACAAGGAGACGCUGCUGGCCGGCCGCCUGGUCGUGGGGCUCGGCAUCGGCAUCGCAUCCAUGACAGUGCCCGUGUACAUCGCCGAGGUCUCUCCACCCAACCUGAGAGGUCGCUUGGUCACCAUCAACACCCUCUUCAUCACCGGUGGACAGUUCUUUGCGAGCGUUGUUGAUGGAGCCUUUAGUUACCUGCAGAAGGAUGGAUGGAGGUACAUGUUGGGACUUGCGGCCAUCCCAGCCGUUAUACAAUUCCUCGGAUUCCUCUUUUUGCCCGAAAGCCCUCGGUGGCUGAUACAGAAGGGACAGACUCAGAAGGCCCGUCGGAUUUUGUCCCAGAUGCGUGGCAAUCAGACCAUUGACGAGGAGUAUGACAGCAUCAGGAACAGCAUCGAGGAGGAGGAGAAGGACGCCAGCACAGGUAUGUGCACUUGGCGCUGCGGGAGACGGAGAAGGACGCCGCGGCCGUGUUCAGGAAUUCAGUGUUACUGAACACGGCCUUAGGAUGCAACCUAACAAAAGGAAAGAUAUUUAAAUUUAUUACAAUAGG